AUGUCUCGAUGGUACAUCUCAAUAGACGUUUUAGGUAUUAUUGUUUUCUGCGUCGGAUCUCAAACGUUCUUGGUCACCAAGGACAGCUUCUCAUCUCUGGAUCAUUUUGCAUUUGAGCAGCAGUUUUGCAAGCUUCACAGCAACUCGACAAGUCUUUGUCACAACUUUAACGCUAGGGUUUCGAGUCGGUCGCUGUCGAAUUGCCCGUGUCAAUGCAGUGAGCCUGCGAGGACGCUUUGGUUUGAUAGCAGAAAAAUGGGUUGCGUUGAUGAUGAUGUCAUCAGGAAAAGAAUUGGUUGCCAAAAAGUGCUGGAGGGCUCGUCCACCGUAAUUGCGGUUGUUAACGACACCAGUUUCGUCACUGAACUCAAGACGUCUCUUCAUGGAAACUGCUCGCGUAUCUAUCAAGCAAAAUACAGAAAAUGCUUUCAGUGGACAGUUCUUAACAUGAAUGAGAUAGGGUUUCGAUUCUUCAAAGAAGGCUCAAGGUUUUUUGCUAAGUUGGAGAACGUUACAAAUAGCAGCUUAGCACUUGUAACUGGCAACAUACUAAAGUUCACAUACGAGUGUGAUGGAUCAGAGAUUUGCUUGCUUGCCAAAAUUCCUGGACGCAUUGUCUGUAGCCUCACGGGGAUAAAGCAUGACCAAACAUCUAGUAACGAUUCACUUAUAGAAGAUGAGCCAACUACUCGGACUUUCUUACCCACCAAAACUUCCUACACGAAUGGAUCAGCCAGCAAAGGCAAAUUCCAGGAGCCAAAAGAAAAUGAUACUUUAACGAAUGUUAUCAUAGGAAUCGGAGGGGUGUUGGCCGUUGCUUUACUCAUUGGCUUAUUUGUUUUUAUUUACCGUCACUGGGAAGCAAAAGCUUUGAAAGCAAGAAAGCCUCGAAAGAGACUGAGCCCAAGUCCGUCUUGUCAUAACAAGGCCUUCCAUUGUCAGAGUUCACUAGGAAACAUUUAUGCAAACCAUGGACAAACUUACUUUAACGAUAACUCCGAAGACGACUUGAUCUCGCCGGAUAGAUCAUUCUACAAGAAGUCCAUUGAGCUACCGACCUCUGGUUUUCCAGAGUCUCUGAUAAGUUUCCAGGAGGAGAAUGAUGAGUCUGCGCUUUACGCAUCUCCUGCUUCAUUCAUGCGCCAGCCACCGGUGUCCCCGCUAGACCCUGACGCUCAUAACACGUGCGCUACUCUGCCACGGUUAAACAGCCUCGUAGAGCGACUCAACUGGUCUACACCUGACACUGUUGGGAACCCACAUAGACCUGGAUCUCCGAGGAACAGUCCCUUUGUCAUAACACCAGAUAGCUCUUUCUACAAGAAGGCCAUUGAGAUUCCGAGGGCGAGGAGUCCACAUCUUAAGGGACAAUCUAAUGAUGUCAUCGAUCGGCUGAGAUUUAGUACUCCUCGUGAUAGAGGUAUAGAGAAUGAUUAUGAAUCUCUGGACGAGUUCUGUAGAGUGAUGGCCCGAAAGCGGCAAGAUGGGCAGAGGUCUAUAGGAUUGGACGCAGAGAAACAUAGCCAGGCGCCCACGUGUAUCGUGGCAAGCGAUGAUCAUGAUUACGAUGAUGCUCUUAUGCACUAAAAUACUCAUGUAUUUGAACAGGCUGAGCAACAUACUUAUACUUACAAAGAAUCCUUGGUUAAAUAUGCCGAAAAUAAAUACAUUUCCAUACCAAAAAUACAUUCGAAAGUUUACUAUUGAUUACCAAUUUUUCGCUUUUUAUUUAUUUUUAGAGUAAACAACUGAAAUUGUGAAAAGUAUGGUAACAAAGCUUUCUCAGAACUAUCGCAGGUCUACUCACUAGGGCAGGUGUACUCACUAGGGAUGAGCCGCAGAGUUUGUGUGCUCAUAAAAAAAAAUACAAGAAGAUCAGCUUUUUACUACAUUUCGUUAUGAUCCAAAAAUUAUCCUAAAUAUUGUUUGGGGCAUAAAACCCUGUUAUAAAAUAAAUAUUUAAUAAAAUUCUAAUAAUUACAAAGUUGUGUGCCUCGGGGCAAGACCUAUUCCUAACCACCCCCGACGGAGAAAAUUUGUUCAGCGGCAACUCCAAACAAUGUUUGUAUGAAUUUUUGCCCCCUGGAGGUCGGCACUGAAACUUCCACCCACCUCCUGAAUGUACCAUUCCUUCCGUGGAGAAAAGGUAUUGUACGGAUGGAUAACCACGUGUGCACUAUCAUGAUUAAUAGACCAUGCGCUUUGUACAUAAAUUACGCAAGGAAUCUGCAAAAUAAAAUCCUGAAGCCCUUUUGCAAUAAUUUUCAGCGCGAUUUUAUGAUUGUUCUUUGAGACUUUUAUCACGAUGAAGCUUUUUCUUCUGCUUCUGCUGAUUCAUUAAGGCUGCACGCCUUAUUGGUUAUGUAUCGUCAUAAAGCUGUAAUUAUUUGUUCAUAUGUUGAUUUAUCUUUUUAUUUAUUUAUCAUCUAUUCAUUUAUUUUCUAGCUUUCAUCACCUAAACAACAGCGAUUACAAACACGAUGAACACGAAAUACAAGGGGUGAACAAAAGACACAAGCACGGUGCCCAUGUAAAGUUGCUGUUUUUUCCACGGCUGCUUUGCCGCUUUCUGUUGUGAUGUUGAUUUUAAUGCUUGCUUUCUGUUGAUUGGUUUUAAAACCAAUUUAAAAACAUCAACUUUCGAACCUAUAUUUAUUGAUCGUGCUAAGUAUCUGCCAUGGUUGGGUUCGCUAGUUGAAUGCUGCUUUACAUUCUUGGCAUACAAACUUCAAUCACAUGAUAACGUAUCGAUCGUUUAGCAGCACGUAUAGCCAUAUAAUUUUAUAGUGAUGGUGGCAUUUGUUUAGCUCCUAUCCAAAAGGAGACUCCGCCUUCUACAGGCUGCGUAUAACACUAUCAGAUGGAUUUGCUUUAAAAUGAAACAAUGAGAGAGUGAAAACAACCCAACUUAGAAAUGCAUCUUUGAAGAGGAGCUGAAGCUGGAGACAGUAUUCCUGAAACAACUAAACCCCAUUUAGAUUUCACUGAGGAAGAUUAAGAAGUUUUCUUAAUAUACACGCAAGAUUGGAGCAUUAUAUAAACAAUAUUGGAGCAUUCAUUCAUCGUAUGAAUUGCUUGGAUCAUUUUACUUCAAUAUCGUUUGAUACGUUGUCUCUGGGAAUCUUACUUCCGCAAGGAAGUUGUUUGACAUGUCCUCACUAAUGAUACUGCAAUUUCUUAAUGUGGUGGUCUUAAUUUCUCCUGGCCUGUUAUGUUAUUCUUCUGAAAAUUUUACCAUCACAAGAGCGCAUCUUGACCUGUUUAUUGUACCGCCGUCCUUUUGCGGAAGUUACGUAAACAAGACGGUGAUGUGUCAGGAAUAUAAUGCUUUCCUAACGAAGAAAAAAAAUAAUUGUACAUGCAAAUGUGUCAGAAGAGCACCAACUUUUGGCUUCUUCAACAACACGUGGAAUUGUACUAAGAAUAACAUAGUCAGAAGCGUGUUAGGUAAAUGCAUUUGAGAGCGAUGAAAUUAAUAACAACAGCAACAAUCAUAGUUAUAUUUUUAUUGUAAAAGUAAUAAUGAUAAUGAUAAUCAUGGUAAUAAUGAUAAUAAUAAUAAUAGUAAAAGUAUAAGUAAUCAUACUGUUUCGAAUUUAUUUUCGAAAUAAUUUGCAUGAGUGCGUUUUUCAAGAGCACCGUCUUCUUACCUUUGCUUAACACCGUGCAGUAAUACUGCACUGAAUUACCUUAAAUCUGCACUGAAUUACCUGAAAACUGCACUGCUUUCAGCCAAUCCAAAUCGAGUAUUUUGGCCAUGUAUAAUGAUGAUUUGGAUUUAUAAGAGCUACGUGAUGCAUUUUUUUUUUUUCAAAACUACUUAUUUGAAUGGCUCCCUUUGAUUGUUGUGUCUUGCUUGUUACGGUAGGAAUUACAGAUCUCACCUUAAAAA